GCAUGAAAAUACUGGAAAUUGUGAUAUUGUCCUUGAUCUUAGCACAUACGGAAAGGGUUUUGGGCCAAAAACGUGCCAAGGGCAAAGUGAAUUUAGAAGGUCCUUGCGGCAAGAGAUAUUUGCGAAAAAUCAAUAACAAAUGUUAUUAUUUUUCUAUGAAAAAGAUAAACUGGUUUGGAGCCCAGAAUAAUUGCCUGCGCAAGGGUCUCAAUUUGGCUGAUUUGGCCACACCCGGAGAUUAUAACGGAGUGCUCUAUUGGUUGAGAAAACGUGGCAAUAUGGAAGACUUUUGGUUCGGUGGGAAUGAUCUACAUUCAGAGGGUCAAUUUACAUACAUCAGUAAUGGUCGCAUGAUAGAGUAUAUGGGCGGUACUGAGGGUGGAAUUGAGUCCACACAUCGUUCCAAUCUUGAUGAUUGUUUGGAAGUGCGUCUGAGAGAGAAUAACACUAUCGUGACCGAUGACAAUUGCCAGGAGAAACAAUAUUUCAUAUGCGAAAAGAAUGCCAUCGAAUGCGCCACGCCAACGAGCACCAGUGAGGCCGAAACUAAGCACAGUCACGAGCACUUGCAUCAUUUCCAUCACGAUGCGGCGAAAAGGGAGGCGGCUGGGACCGAUAAGGAAAGUGUGGAAAGCGAUUCGCGGCCGGCUGAUAAUACAAAUUCAACGGAAGUUGGCACAUCACAAGAAAAUUCGGAUGAAGCUUCGACAAAUCAACCCGAAAAUGAGAAUGAAGGUAAAACCGACCAAUUUGGGGAAAGCCCAGAAAGCGAGGAAACGACAGCAGACGAAGCACAGCUAUCGGAAGACGGAGGGGAAACGGAAGCCACACAAGAACCUAACGGAGAAACAUCAGAAGCAACCAAGCCGUCUGAAGGAGAAGCAACAACAGCAGCUGCUGAAGCAUCUAAACCAGCUGAAGGCGGAGAAACAAAGCCUGCUGAAGAUGCCGCCAAGACCACAGCCGAGGCUGCCGAAGCCACGACGGCAGCACCAGCAGCAGAUGCACCAGCAGCAGAAGCACCAGCAGCAGAAGCACCAGCAGCAGAAGCACCAGCAGCAGAAGCACCAGCAGCAGAAGCACCAGCAGCUUAAAGCGAUGUAGCCAUAUCCUCGACCCUCUAGUUAAUCUAUAUAAGGAAUCGUUCGAAAUAAAUGCAUACUAAUUGCAACACUAAA